CGAUCGUACCAUUCAUCCCAAACGAGAGAUCAACGACGACGACGACAGGCGACGGACUAUCCGAGGCGCUCUGGACAGUGUUUUAGCUUUUGUCCUCAACAGCUGCAAUUGAUCUUAUACCGCUGGUUCGCUGAGAUUAAGAGGAUAAGCAGCGUCAUGCCUUCCACAGUCAAGAGUCAAGACGUCUGGACGUUUUUCAAACGUCAUGCUCACUUUCUCGGUCCUGGCCUGGUUAUCGCAUGCGGCUUUAUCGACCCCGGUAACUGGGCUACCGAUCUUCAAGCAGGUGCAGACUAUGGCUACAAGCUUCUCUUCAUUGUCCUACUCGCAGGGCUCAUAGCCGUGGUUCUUCAACUUCUUUGCGUUCGACUAGGUGCCGUCACAUCCUCUUCUCUUCCUGCUCAAACCCGUCAAUUAUUCCUACGAUGGGAAGCAAAGUGGCCCAGGUGGAAACGAUGGCUUAGAGCAUGUCUUUAUUUCCUCUAUGGAUGUGCAGAGCUGGCUAUCAUCGCUACGGACUUAGCGGAGCUUUUGGGAACCGCCAUCGCUUUGAAUUUAUUAUUCCCCAAGCUCCCUCUGUACGCCGGUGUCCUCAUCACAGCCUCGGACACUCUGCUCGUACUGCUAUUCUUCAAGUCUGAUUCUGGGCGCCAAGGCAUGGUCUUUUUCGAAAUCGUCAUUGUCUCCUUGGUCCUAUGCGUCUUUGCAAGCUAUCUUGUCCUACUUCACCUCGUCAAGCCAGACUGGGGACAAGUCUUUCUCGGAUAUGUCCCGUCAAAGACUUUGUUCCAGCCAGGAGCGCUCUACACCGGUGUUGGUAUCAUCGGAGCCACUGUCAUGCCCCACGCACUCUAUCUCGGCACAUCGCUUGCCACUGUCGAUCGUCUUGGACUGCUACCCAUCGCCCCGACUCGACAAACUCGAUGGACGUACAAGCUACCGUCCCUCUUCAAGCGAGCAAACACUCAGACGUCGACUAACGAGAGGACUGAGAUUGAGUUGUCUGAUGGCCUAGAUGGGCUUGCUGGACCAAGUCGUCCAUCUUCAUCGCCUCGACCUGACGCUACCCAAGUUGGUCGUUCGGCGCGAGACACGGAAGAAGCCAAAGAUGCGGAUUUUGACAUGCGGAUGAAGGAAUACGAGCGGGAAUUGAAAGCUUUUGAUCGGAUCAACUGGGUCGAUCUUCAUCUCUGUCAUUUCCAGAUUGAUACUGCUGCAAGUCUCAUGGGUUUCGCCAUGAUCAUCAAUUCUGCCAUUCUCAUCGUGGCUGGGGCUGCCUUCUAUUACGGAAACGACCGGGGCGGGGACUCUAGUCUUCAAGGUGCUCACACGCUGCUUGUGAACUAUCUUGGCUCGGCGUCUGGAAUCAUUUUUGCGCUCGCUUUGCUUUGCGCUGGUCAAAGCGCAUCCAUCACGGCUACGCUCGCUGGCCAGGUCGUAUCAGAGGGGUUCUUAGAAUGGAAGACAUCUCCCGUGGUGCGACGUGCAGUCACUCGACUCAUCGGUGUCAUCCCGUCGGUCAUUGUCGCUGCUGCGAUCGGUAACAACGGCAUCAAUGCGAUGCUCGUCGCAUCUCAAGUCAUCCUCUCGAUCAUUCUUCCGACGGCCAUCUUACCAUUGGUCUAUCUCUGCUCCCGCAAGGACCUUAUGACGGUUGAAGGCCCAGAAUUCGAGGAGAACAUCUCACCUACAGCGGUCGAGACGCCUUCAUGCUCGGAUUCCAACUUUGAUCUUCCUGUCGAACCCAGUAGCUCUGCUGGACCUUCGCGUAACACAGCUCUCAGACAAACACUUUCACCAAGCGGAUCAGCGAGCUCCAUUCAUUCAUCUUCUACCAUACGAAGACCCGCAGCAGGUGCGCGACAGGAUAGCGAUUGCAUCAUUGGGAGCGAAGUUGAAGGCAGUGAAUCGCUGGAACGUGCCGUAUCUGACGGCACCGCUACUGUCCCUCGAUUAGACUCUGUACGAAGGACAAAGUCAUAUGCCAGUCCAAUGUGGGUCACUGUAUUGGGGUACGUCAUGUUUGCCAUUAUCGUGCUUGCAAACAUGUACGUCAUUGUAGAGUUGAUCUUGGGAAACGGAUAGGGAGAGCGCCGAGAUUGUGUGGACAUUGCAGUGGUCCAUUAUGUUGAUGGGUCUCAACAGAGCAUCCCCUCCAACCACUUGUAUUCAUGGCAUACUCAUACCGCAAUGCAUGCUACGUAUCAGAUCCCAUCUCGAGACUAAACGAGAGAAGUAGACCUGACAGGGAGAGCCAGCGUAUCACCGAGACACGCGAAUGAUACAGCGCUGUGAGGAGCCUGCAUGACCAGCACUCGGUACAGAAGUCAUCAGAGGGUCCUGACGUUACUCCUCUCACUCAUGAAUCUGUCAGUAGCUUCUCAGUCACUGCGCGUGUGCAAACCUAGAAUAUAUCUCGCUGCGAUCAGGAGGAUCAGAUGAAGUCAAAAUACAACCUCGG